UAUAUCAUUACAUUGCGGUUAUCUCCUUAUUACGGAGGCACGGUAGCGAAGGCGCUUUCGGAAAGGACCCAAAAAACGUCAUUUUGAAGGGAGGGUGCCAACGAACUCUUAGAGUUGGCCGGGGUAAGUGCCUCGAUGAGACCCUCCCGAGGGGCGGAGGGCUGAUUUUCCCCGAACAUCUGACAUCUGAGGUGAGUCUCAACGUUUGUAGACAAGCUCCGAGAGGUAAGGGGGAAGAUAAAAACGGACCGAGUGACGGCUCUUGAGGACGAUCCCUGGCCCGUACCUCUCAUCCGCCGGGUCACCAGGCCCACCGUUUUUUGAAGAGCCAUGACGGUGAUCGGGAUGAUCAUGGGCUCUCCCUGGAGAAAAGGGGUGAUGUGGAAGGGCUGUGCCUCUGCCCUGGGGGCUGGAAGUAACUGCCCAGCCCGGGGCCCGAGGGUCAGGCUUCUGGUGCCAAAUAAGUCCCAGGUCCGGUACCCAGCUCUCCCCCGCGGGUUCUGCUGGGCGGUGCCAAAAAACGACUCCCUGCCCCUACAGAGCGCGCACGCGCAGUUGGGCCACGGAACCAGCCGCAAAAUGGAGCUUCGCACCCCCCAGGACGAAGGAAACGUGUGUGAGGUCUACCUGGCUUAAUAGGCCAAUUCUGAGAGCAUGCCUCACGCAGAUGACACGGCCCGGCGGCUAUCCCAGACUGGAACCAGCCUCUAUGCAGUGCUAGAACUAAAGAAAGGCGCCCAGCCUGAAGAGAUCAAAAGAGCCUACAGUCACCUCCUGCCCUCCCCACUGUCCUUUGGGUAUUGCCUGGAUAGGAAACUGGCCUUGAAAUAUCAUCCAGACAAGAAUCCAGGGGACACUCAAGCAGGAGAAUUCUUCAAAGAGAUCAACACAGCCCAUGCUGUACUCAGUGACCCUACCAAGAAGAAAAUCUACGACCAACACGGCUCACUAGGAAUAUACCUGCUUGAUCAUUUUGGUGAAGAAGGCGUCAGAUACUAUUUUAUAGCAAACAGUUGUUGGUUCAAGACACUCGUCAUCCUCUGCUGCCUUCUGACUUGUUGCUGCUGCUGCUGCUGCUGCUGCUUUUGCUGCGGAGCACUCAGUCCACCCCCCGAGGAAGUUACCAAGAAGCAGCAGAAGAAUGUCUAUUGUCAGCAACCGAACGUCUGUUCGCAGCCAAAGAGAUCAGGUGCUAGCACAGUGACUGUCACCUGCCACACAGCCCACCGGACACGUUGAAGAAAGAAGCAAGUAGCCCUGUCCUGACUCUGAUCCUGACUUGACUCCUGCUCUUAAAAACAAUCCCUGCUUCAGAAGCGAUAUGACAACAUCCAUCCUAGAAAGGGCAGUGUCUCUGCCCUGGGUAUGCAACUGAGCCUGUCCACACAGAACCUUCCACCGUUCUAUCUGGCUCUAGCUGCCUUCCCAUCUUUUAUCCACGUGAGAUCUCAGGCCGUGGCGGCAGGCGUUUCCUAAAAUCUUUUUCCAGUGCGUGCCUGGGUACUUGCCAAAGGAGGUCCCUGAGCCCUUGCGGACUGACUUUACCAAGACCCCGAUCACUAAGCAAGGUGGCUCCUGUCCCAAGAGCUGGUGGACCAGUUAGUCCUCCUUUGUUGCCACUUUGUGUACCAGCUGGGACCUCUGGCACCAGCCUCAUCUCUUAGCAAUACACCUCUGGGAGGCUGCUCUCACCAUCUUCUGGUACCUCGGGCAUUGGCAUUGACACCCUAUCCACAAGACAGCUUGGGAAAGGUGGGAGUGCAUUUGAGGUUUGUGGCUCCCCUGGGACUUCAGCCCCGUCCCCACAGCCGUGGUCCUGUGGACUGGCUGCGGCCUAGCCACCAGUGCCUGCUGCCCCCAUUCUUCAUGGCACCUCACGCAGGCCGAUCCCCAUGUAUUUGUUCUUAACACAGGGCCAUGAAAUGUGCUGGGGACAGACUGAACUUGGAAGACUUCACUCCAGCCUCGGUGUGUUGUGGGCUUGGCAUCCUCUCUGUAUCCUCUUUACCAUUUCUUUUGUACUCGUGUGGGGUCAGGGCCUAGGAACCCUCAAACCUUUCAGCCCUCAUUGGAAGGAGGGCUAAAGAAUAUCAAUAAAAAAGAUCCGUCCAA